CAAGACCUCACUGGAUAUUUCUACAGUUAUGCUAUUCUAAACUGUUGACCAUGGGGACCCAACAAAAAUUUCACAGUUUAGAAUCCAGCAAAAAAGAAAUAGAGAGUGUAAAAUCACUGCUCCUAGUGUGUGUUUUCACAAGACAGUGACGCCCAUUAUCUCUUUCUUUCCAUAUCGUCCCACCACCACUUCCAUGUCACUUUAACAGGAUGCCUUUCUUUACAGGGACCUUAAGCUCCAUUGCAGUUAUUCCGCAAUGCGAAACACGUCGGAAUCCUUGCUCACGGUGGGGAUGGAAUUGUAGCUUGGGUCCCUGAUGCCACUGAAAAGCAGAACACAAAGAAUAAUCGCCUCCCCGGUUGUGUAGGACCUACCUAGGCAGCAAAGCAGAGCACUGCACUGCCAGCUCUUAUCCUCUGUCUAUAGAAAUAGACGCCACACAUCCUCCCAGCCACACAUCCUCCCAGCUGCACUGCACGGCACACCACACUUGCAGCCUUCCACAACCCUCCUCGGUUUCAUUCCCAUUUCUCCCAGCGUGGAGAAGAUGGAGACUGCUCUUGGCGCAGCGAAUUGGCUCCUCAGCAAGGUGCUCAACAAGCUCUCCGAUGACCUGGUGGCUGGGUAUGUGGCCAGCCGUGAGCUCGGCCUCAACUUCGACAAGAUCAAGACCGAGCUCAAGUACACCCUCGGGCUGCUGCAUGGUGCCCAAGGGAGGGACUUCAGCCACAACCCCGGCCUGCAGGGCUUGCUGGAGGACCUGAGCAAGAAGGCCGAUGAGGCAGAGGACGCUCUGGACGAGCUCCACUACUUCAUGAUCCAGGACGAGCUCGACGGCACCCGGGAGGCCACUCCGGAUCUUGGGGAUGGCCUCGGUGCUCAAGCUCUGCACGCCCGCCAUGCUGCGCGCAACACUGCUGGUAACUGGCUCUCAUGCUUCUCUGUUUGUUGCCGUUCACAAGAUGCUGCUGCUGCUGCUGCUGCUGGUACUGGGAACACAAGCAAGGCCGUCGCUUCAUUUAACGAUAUCGACAGUGGGUAUGCUGACAAGUUGAUAUUCGACCGAGUGGCCAUGUCAAACAAAAUCAAGCAGCUGAUAGAGGACAUUCACUCACUAUGUCCUCCUAUCUCUAAAUUGCUCGAGAUAAACAAUAGCAGUAAAAUUCCUCCAAAAAGCAUGGAACGACCUGCCAUCGGGUCGACAAUUAGACAAGAGGAGUUUUAUGGAAGGAGCACAAUUUUUAAGCAAACCGUAGAUCGUAUGACAAGUGGCACUUGUUCUGAUGAGACCCUGUCCGUCCUUCCUAUAGUUGGUCCCGGUGGUAUUGGUAAGACAACUUUCACCCAGCACCUUUACAAUAACGAAAGGACUGAAAAACACUUCGCCGUUAGGAUCUGGGUAUGUGUGUCGACUAACUUUGAUGUGCUUAAGCUCACCAAAGAGAUACGUAGCUGCAUACCUGCGGUUGAAAAUGAAGGUGAAACAGACAAUUUAGAUCAGCUUCAGAAAUCCAUUGCAAAGAGACUGAAAUCAAAAAGGUUCUUAAUUGUCUUAGAUGAUAUAUGGCAAUGCAGUGAGGACAGGUGGGUAAAUUUCUUAGCUUCUUUCACAAUGAGGGAAGCUGAAAAAGGCAGCAUGGUCAUUGUGACAACUCGAUUUCCAUAUAUAGCACAAAUGGUGAAGACAACUACUCCAGUAAACCUGGAAGGUUUGGAGCCUGCUGAGUUCUGGGUGUUCUUUCAAGCAUGUGUAUUUGGUGAAGUCAUAGCUGAGCAUGAUAAUAAGGAAGAACUAAUUGACAUUGCAAGACAAAUAGCAAAUAAAUUGAAGUGCUCCCCACUGGCAGCCAAAACGGUUGGUCGUUUAUUGAAGAAGAGAUUCUCUCGGGAACAUUGGAUGGGAAUUCUUCAAAAGAAAGAGUGGCUAAACCAGACCCACAAUGAUGAUAUUAUGCCAGCCUUGAAAAUUAGCUAUGACUACCUUCCCUUCCAUCUACAAAAAUGCUUUUCAUAUUGUGGCCUUUUUCCUGAGGAUUAUGAGUUUGAUAGCUUAGAGAUUAGCCGUUUUUGGAUUUCGAUAGGCAUCAUCGAUUCCUGUGGUCAGAAUGAUAAAAUUGAGGACAUAGGUUCAAAGUAUUUGGAUGAACUGUUAGAUAAUGGUUUUCUGAUGAAAGGAGAUCAAAAUUAUUAUGUAAUGCAUGAUUUGAUGCAUGAGCUUGCACAGGUUGUUUCAUCAAAAGAAUGUGCCUAUAUCAGUUGUUCUAGUUUUAGAGCUGAUGAUGUCCAACCAUCUAUUCGCCACCUAUCCAUCUUGAUGUCCGAUGACUAUAAUGAAACUUUUGGUGAAGAAAUGGAUAAAUUGAAGAGAAGGGUAGACAUUGGAAAUUUACGGAGUUUGAUGAUUUUUGGAGGAUAUGAAACAGCAAGCUUGGUGAAUAUUUUGAAAGAAACAUUUAAGGAGAUAAAGGGCCUCCGUGUUCUGUUUAUAUUCAUGAACUACACAAAUUCUUUGCCACCCAGCUUUUCAAAGCUUAUCCACCUUCGGCACCUAAAACUUGAGUCACCUUAUUAUAACCGGGAAUUGUGCUGUCCUAGAAUAGUAUCUAGGUUUUAUCACUUGAAAUUUUUGGACCUUCAAAAGUGGCGUGGAAUGUGUGAUUUGCCUAAAGACAUAAGCCGCCUUGUGAAUUUAUGCCAUUUUGUUGCUAGGGAAGGAUUCCAUACCAAUAUUCCUGAGGUUGGAAAAAUGAGGCUUCUAGAAGAGUUGAAAGGAUUUCAUGUUAAGAAAGAGAGUGCUCGAUUUGAACUACGAGAGUUGGGCCAGCUGGUGCAGCUAGGAGGAGAACUCAGUAUACGUGGGCUUGAAAAUGUGAGAUCCAGCAAAGAAGCUGCUGAAGCAAGAUUGAUGGCAAAAAGAGAUCUAAUUAAGCUGGGAUUAUUUUGGAGUAGAGGGCACCAGUCGAAGGUCGAUGAUAUUCUUACUAACCUUCAACCACACUCUAAUCUUAGAGCUCUUUGCAUUGUUAAUCAUGGUGGUCCCGCAGGUCCUAGUUGGUUGUGUAGCAACAUCCACAUGAAGUACUUGGAGACCCUCCAUCUAGAAGGUGUAUCCUGGUCCACUCUUCCACCUUUUGGGCAGAUAUAUCAUCUAAGAAAACUCAAGCUGAAAAAUAUUGUUGGGAUAUGCCAGUUUGGACCUGACUUCAUUGGUGGCAUUACAGAGAAAAGUUUCACGCACCUUAAGGAGGUUCAGCUUCAUCAUAUGCCAGAACUUGUCGAGUGGAUUGGGGGAGGUAACACACAUUUGUUCUCAAGGCUUGAAAGAAUCACGUGCUCUUAUUGUCCAAAGCUCACUGCCCUACCGUUCUCAAGGUGCUCUAGUUCUUCUACACAGGACAACACCAUAUGGUUCCCUAAUCUAUGUUAUCUUUCCACUCAAGAAUGCCCGAAGUUGUCCCUGCCUCCCCUUCCUCACACUCGCAUGCUAUCUUCUUUCCGAACGGACAGCUUGCGCUAUGAAGAGAGAGGUUUGUGCAUUUAUAAGAUGCCCGGUGAAUUGGCCUUCCACAAUCUUGGUGAAGUAGAACGUUUGAUGAUUUUUGAUGCAUCACUCAUCUCAUUUACUGACCUCCAAAAGCUACAUCCCCUAAGAAGUAUUGAUGUUAGGAGCUGCGAGGACACAUUUCUUAGAGGACUGGAUGAUGACAUUGUGCUCUAUUCAGUCCAAUCUCUGGACCUCUCGGAAUUUAUUGUUACCAGGAAAUCGUUAUCAAAUUUGUUCAAAUGUUUCCCAGCUCUUUCUUAUUUGUCUGUGGGUGCAUCAAGUGAGCAUCACGAUGAGGUUGUGGUAUUGCAGGUUCCACCCUCUAGCUCCCUGAGACAUGUCCGGUUGGAUGGGUGUAAAAAUCUGAUUCUACCUAUGGAAGAUGGAGGUGGAUUCCAGAGCCUCUUGUCGCUCAAAUCAGUUUCCAUACAAGGUUGCAACAUGCUAUUGUCCCGGUGGUCCACAGGAGAAGCAGCUCAAGGCAUCAGUCCUUUCCCUCCUCAUGUCGAGGAACUAUCUCUUUGGCAUGAGCCGAGCACUCUGUCUAUGGCUCUGUUCUCAAAUCUGACAUCUCUUACCGAACUAGAACUAAGAGAUUGUAAGAAUUUCACAAUGGAUGGUUUCAAUCCUCUCAUCACAUCAACCCUCGAUAGUCUGAUGGUUUGUAAUUCGAGAUUUGAUGAAACUGAUCCUUAUUCUAUAGCAGCGGAUCUACUCGCAGAGGUGGCAAGGACCAAAACAAUGCACGCAGGUUCCUUCCACCUGGUGCGACUUGAGGUGGACAGCAUCUCCGCAGUGCUUGUUGCUCCCAUCUGCACCCGCAUCUCCGCUACCCUCCGGAAAUUAGCCUUCGUUCGUGAUUGGCGGGUGGAGAGCUUCACGGAAGAGCAGGAGCAGGCCCUUCAGUUCCUCACAUCCCUGCAAUGGCUGCAGUUUGAUAGAUGCAGGGGGCUGCUGUCCAUCCCUCGAGGGCUGCAUUGCCUUUCUUCUCUCGAGACUAUAAUUAUAAGUGGAUCUCCUAGAAUCAGAUCGCUGCCCAAGAAGGGCCUCCCUGAUUCACUGCAAAUGUUACGCAUAAAUGAAUCAGAUUGCUCCGCCGAGCUUUAUGAGGAAUGCCAGAAAUUAAGAGGAACAAGGCCAGAUAUAGAUGUAGAUUUCCUAUAGUCCUAUCUACUAGGAAAGAUUGACGAGGUAACACAUGUGAUCUCCUCCUGAAUAUCCAUAUUAUGACGAGGUAACCGCUGAACAUCUGUGCUUAUUUCUGCAGCAACUACUGUGGUCCGUCCAGACCACCAAAGCUAACGGACAGCUCUGAAAAGUCAGGACGAACAAUACCGAGUCAAACAUUCAGUUAUGCAAUCCCUCCCUCACGGAUUGCCUCACCUUUCUGCCUCUUGAAGAAAUAAAUGUCACUAGCUCUCCUAAAUUCAUGUCGUUGCCAAGGAAGAGCCUGCCCGAUUCACUACACUGGCUAAUCAAAGCUAGUUGUUGCUACGAAGUUUAUGGAGCAUGCCAAAAAUGAAAAAUGAAGGGAAACAAAGCCAAAUAUAAUUGUACUUGCCCGGCUACAUGCUGAUGACCAGUCGUUCAACUAUGGCUCUUUUCUGCAGCAAAUCAUUGUGCUUCUGAUUUAUGAUCCUUCAUGGUUCCUUCAGUAUGGAGGAACGAUAAAUAUCCUUCGGUUUUCUUAAAGCAGCUGCUGGUAAUUUUGAAGAUCAGUCCCAGCUGCUGGUUUUCUUAAUGGAAAUACUAUUGCAACACCGAAUUUGAAGCAAACCUGUGAAAGGAAUGUGUGACACAAGGAUCUUUAUGCUUAAAAGGAGCUGCCCUGAGCAGAAGGAAGCUCGUCGCCUAUCGCUCGCAAGAGUUCUGGAUCAUCCGGUCAGUUGAUGAACAGUUGCCAUCGCCAGAUUCCUCCAUGCUAUGAUCAAGAUCUUGAAUAUAUGCGCCUGUCUGCCUGCCAAUCCCUCCCGUUCAAACUUCAAACAACCACUGCCGUUUGCCUGAAACAAACUCAACUCAUGAGUCACGACCCGUUUCAGGCAUAGCAAGAGCUCUGAUCUACAUAAGGAAUUUGGGAUCAGAAUAUAAUGCUCCGAACAUUCUCAACUCCGAAGCUUAACAACGGUAUCCUGCUGGCCUGCUCCUAUGAAGCUUAGAAUGGUACGCAGUGGUGGUCAGCAAUGAACAAUGUCCAAUAUGGUAUAAAAAAUAUAUGACCAUACUGAAGCUUGGAAUGGCAUCCUACUCUGCACCGAGGAUGGUAGUCGACACUCGACAACAACUCAACGAAGAGGCGUCGAGGCUCAGCUGUGGAAGGUGGUCAAGGCUGCAACCUACCCGUGCGCAUUGGUCGCUGCUUGUUUGGAUGCGGUCCUCAACCAGGCAGCAAUCCUGGUCCCAGGCCGAUGAAAUCAAGCGCCUGGAUGCGCUGCCCGGCACAUGCAGGUUUCUCAGGACUCGAUCCAAAGCGCGGGGUGAAAUGGUCGUGGUGGCCUGCCUCGUGGGACGACAGCUUCGAUUUCACGGCGGCCGGCCCCCCCGGCGGUGCCAACUCAUGGGCCCCCGUGGCGACUUGAGGCCCAAGAACAGCCUGUCUAGCUCGGCCCAAGCUAUUUUUCCCAAAUCUGGAUGAAGCUGUGUGCACCAGAAUCACAAUUGUUAGAGACUUCAGAUUGCUAAUUCGGUGUGGCUGGAUGCGGUCCCAUCAGACUCAUGUAAUGAUGUAAUCCACCAUAUGUGGUGACCCUUUUUAUUGUUCGCUUGAAAAGAGCUGCCGAGUUCA